UGAACGGGCUCCAGGCUCGGACCUUUGGCGUCUGGACCCUGCUGUCGUCAGUGAUCCGCUGCCUCUGCGCCAUCGACAUCCGCAAUAGGACCCUCUAUUACAUCACGCUCUUCACCUUCUUUUUGGCCCUUGUUCAUUUCCUCUCUGAGGUCUUCAUUUACCACACUGCAGCCUUAACAAUUGGAGUUAUGGCACCCCUCAUGGUAGCAAGUUUCUCUAUUAUGGGGAUGUUGAUUGGGCUGCAGUACCUGGAGGUAGAAGUACUGUUACAAAACAAGAAGAAAAACUGA